GCGAAACCAACGCCUGGCUUAGAGCAGCAGCAGCGCCUCGGCCGCCCGGGGUGAGGUUUUUUUUCUGACCAGUGUUGCUCCCACCAAUCUACAAGUAUAGGGAAUAUCUUUGCCAACCUCUUCAAAGGCCUUUUUGGCAAGAAAGAAAUGCGCAUUCUCAUGGUGGGCCUGGAUGCUGCAGGGAAGACUACCAUCCUGUACAAGCUGAAGCUGGGUGAAAUUGUGACCACCAUUCCUACUAUAGGCUUCAAAGUGGAAACUGUGGAAUACAAGAAUAUCAGCUUCACCGUGUGGGAUGUGGGUGGCCAGGACAAGAUCUGGCCUCUGUGGCGCCACUACUUCCAGAACACACAAAGUCUGAUCUUUGUGGUUGACAGUAAUGACAGAGAGCAUGUGAACGAGGCCCGUGAAGAGCUCAUGAGAAUGUUGGCUGAAGAUGAGCUCAGGGAUGCAGUCCUGCUUGUGUUUGCUAACAAGCAGGACCUCCCCAAUGCCAUGAAUGCGACUGAGAUCAUGGACAAGCUGGGCCUGAAUUCCCUGCACCACAGGAACUGGUACAUUCAGGCCACCUGUGCCACCAGUGGGGAUGGGCUCUAUGAGGGACUGGACUGGCUGUCCAAUCAGCUCCAGAACCAGAAGUGAGCCAGAACUCCUCUCUUUCCCUUCACCCCCUCUCUGCCCUCGCUUUUCUCUCUUGUGGCAAACGUGCGCCCUGUGGUGUGAGUGCCAGAAGCUGUCUCCAUGGUUGGUCACAGUGUGCUUCACCGUGCUGUAAAUGUGCAGACGCAGCCUGCAACCGGGU